AUGUUUGCACGUACAACUACCACCACAGCACGUUGCCUCGCUGCUAUUCAACAAGUGAGAAAUUACGCCACCAAAAGAAAGGCAGCACUUAGAGAGAAUCCAGAUGCUAUCGACCUGAAGCAAGCUGUCAACAUCCUCAAAGCAUUUGAAGUAGGUAACCCCAGUCACCAAAUAGAAGCCCACGUUCAAUGUAAAAUCGAGAAAUCAACACCACUCAUCCGUGGUUCACUUGUCUUACCCAAGAGUAUCAAGCAAGAAGCCACUAUUUUGGUAUUUGCUACUGGUAAAAAGGCAGAUGAGGCCAAGGCAGCUGGUGCUCAUUUUGUCGGUGGUGAAGAGUUGAUUGAGAAGGUGCAAUCAGGCGAAUUAAAGUUUGACAAAUGUAUCGCUACCCCUCAAAUGUUUCCUUCAGUAACCAAGAUUGCUCGUAUCUUGGGUCCAAAGGGUUUAAUGCCCACUGUCAAGAAGGGCACUGUUACUGAUGAUAUCUCAAAUACCGUUCGCACAUCCAAGAGUUCAUUUGAUUUCAAGGCAGAUAAGCAUGGUGUUUUGCACACAGGCAUUGGUAAGGUCAAUUUCGAAUCUGAGGACAUUGAAGCCAAUCUCAAGGCCAUCCUCGAGGAAUUGAGAGUAUUUGGCAAGACCAACAAUUUGAAAGCCAUGAUUCAAAAUGUGGUACUUUCAUCCACUCGUGGACCUGGUAUUGUCAUUGCUGGUGGACCCUCUCUCUAG